AUGACAUUUAUGAGUAACAACUAAAAGACAUUUGUCAUUAAUUAUAAAGAUAUUGCCCUAUCAAAUGCCUAUAGCACUAAUGAAGUCACAUUGGAGCUAAGAAAUUAGGAUGAAAACAGUAGAUAGUAAGAUAAGUAUGACAUGGUUGGGGAAAUUAGAUUUUAUGUCCCUAAUACAGAUCUUGAUAAGAAGGAAAUUAAGAAAUAAAAAAAAGAUCAGGACAAAGAAAAGAUGAAAGAUGAGGGAGAGGAGAAUAAUGAAAGUGAGAACGAGGAAGAGGAUGAUGAUGAGGCUCAAAAAGUGACACCAGCCUAGAUACUAAAUGAAAAAAUAAUUAAAGCAGCUGGCAUUGGCGAGUUUGCUGGCGAAGUAAUUGCAUCUCUACCAGACUUACCAAUGGUCAUUCCAAGAGGAAAAUACUCAUUCAAUAUGUACUAAACAUAUUUGAAACUUCAUGGAAAGACAAAUAAUUAAAAGAUCAUGUUUAAAGAUAUUUAAAGAGGAUUCUUACUUCCAAAGACAGACGGAAUACAUAUCACAUACAUUCUACAUCUUAGAACACCUUUGAGAUAAGGGUAGACUCUUUGA